GCAUCUGCGGGUAGUAUUAAUCCUGGAAACAAUCGUACAACGUAGGAAAGGUAAUGUAAAUAAUAAAAUGCGGUUGCUUGCAACUUCUCCAGGACUUGACAAACCUGACAAACUCGCCCCCUCUCCUAUUCGAACAGGAGUCACGGUUUCCCACAGCUCCCGCGACAAACAUCCCUUACUCCAACUCCAGCUCACCGCCAAGUUUGGAUAUCUCGACGCUCGAGGGUCAGGAGUCUCUUUUGGGCUCACAAACCCUUUUGACCUAGUAUAUGUACCUUCUACCUACUUACCUAAUAAGAUAUCUUUAAGAUUAUGAACGUAAUGGGCCAAACACCGAGCACCCCGCUGUCCGACUGUCUGAACGCUGUUUGCAAUGGCCGCGACAACUGCGUCGCAUUUCCUGACAACCCACUUUACCAAGUCUCCUGGGUCAACCGAUAUAACCUCGAAUACCCCAUAACGCCCAUCGCCGUGACGAGACCGAGCACUGCUCAGGAUGUAUCGGAUUUUAUCAAAUGCGCCGUCGCAAACAAUGUCAAAGUUCAGCCAAAGUCGGGUGGUCAUUCUUAUGCAAAUUACGGCUUGGGCGGACAAGAUGGCGAACUCGUUAUCGAUCUCGUAAACCUCCAGAACUUCACCAUGGAUACCAGUACGUGGCAUGCGACGAUCGGGGGAGGCACUCACCUUUCCGACGUAACGACCAAGCUUCAUGACAACGGUAAACGAGCGAUAGCGCACGGAACUUGUCCUGGUGUCGGUAUUGGCGGUCAUGCGACGAUUGGUGGACUUGGUCCCGCAUCUCGCAUGUGGGGAUCGUGUCUCGAUCAUGUCAUCGAAGUCGAGGUGGUGACUGCGGAUGGCACCAUUCAGCGGGCCAGCGAGACUCAAAACAGUGAUCUUUUCUUCGCUUUGAAAGGUGCGGGCGCAGGUUUCGGCGUCAUCACCGAAUUUGUUGUUAAAACGCAUCCCGAACCUGGCGAUGUCGUGCAGUACUCGUUCUCGCUAUCUUUGGGCAAGCACACGGAUCUGAUUCCCGUUUUUCAGCAGUGGCAGGAUCUCAUCUCGGACCCUAACCUUGACCGGCGAUUUGGCACUGAGUUUGUUAUGCACGAACUCGGUGUUAUCAUCACCGCCACCUUCUACGGAACUGAGGAUGAGUGGAAAGCCACUGGUAUCCCCGAGAAGAUUCCUACUGGGAAUGUCUCCGUCGUUGUGGAUGAUUGGUUAGCUGUUAUCGCACAGCAAGCAGAGGAUGCUGCUUUGUACCUUUCCGAUAUCCGCAGCGAGUUUACAGCUAAGAGCUUGGCCUUCAAACCCGAUGAGUUGCUAUCACUAGAUACCACCACGCAGGUGACGACUUACAUCGACAAUGCGGACCGUGGAACGCUUCUUUGGUUUCUGAUAUUCGACGCCUCUGGCGGCGCAGUCAGCGAUAUUCCAAUGAACGCGACCGCAUACUCCCAUCGUGACAAGAUUAUGUUCGCUCAGGGAUACGGUAUCGGUAUUCCGACCUUGACCAACAGUACCAAGGAAUUCAUAGGAGGAAUCAUGACCACGAUCCAGGGCGAUACCGCGCAGACCUUGACGACGUAUCCCGGCUACGUCGACCCGUCCCUCGCAGAUGCCCAAGAGUCGUAUUGGGGCCCGAACCUCAACGCCUUGGGCCAGAUAAAGUCGAAGUGGGAUCCGAACGACUUAUUCCACAACCCCCAGAGCGUUAGGCCAGGGGAAACCGAUUCCUAAUCGGAAGGAGUGAAGAGAUUUUGGCCUUGAUACCCCAUAACACCCUUCUCUGUUGAUAAUUCGAUAUUAAUUACCUGCCUACUUAGUUAAGAGGUACUCAACAUUAAUUUGCCAUCUUAAUGCUCUUGUUCCCGUUUUCUCGAUUGAGUCAGUGAUACGAAUUGACAUGGAAGAGAUUUUUGCUUUUCCAGAAUGCAGAAUUUUUCCUGGGCAGCCUUCCUAAUAGGUUGGGCACAGAUUUGACAGGGCCCCCUUAUUAUGAGAGUUGUCAAAGUCCAUAAGUCUUGUUU